AUGGAGCUUCUGAUGCGAUGCGAAGCUCUUAGAGCAGAUCGGGCAUUCAUUGAGGCCCUGCACCAUCGUGUCGAAAGCUCGAUGGCCGAAGUGUUGCCUGUGACACGUGCGCGAUCGCGACGAGCCAAUGGGUCGCAGCUGCAAGAGCGCCCGCCAAGUUUGCGGUCUACGGUCGACUUCGACUCCAUGUGCGAGAGUUGUGCUCCAAACUUUAGAGGCCAGUCGGCCAGCACGAUUCUCUGUGCCUAUGUAUCGACACUCACCAAGUCGACACCACGUGGUGGGAACGUACUCUUGUUGUCCAAUUUCGCCAUGCAUUAUUUUAUUGGCCGCGCAACGUCCAUUGCCGCUCUUGUCAGACAGACCAACGCAUCAUGUUCAACGCACACCUCUUGCGUCUUCGAUGGCCCGGUUCACUCACACUCUCCUGAUCAGAGCGGAUAUGGUGUAUUUGGUGCCAAACUCGAAUGAACCCGUUGUGAUCAUGACUAAGACUAAUCAAUCAGUGCACUGAGAGAGAAAUCGGGAAGUCUUAUACAGCCAUUCCGACAAUGCCAUCAUUAACACCAAGGCCGGAUCGUCGAUCGCGAAACAACAGAGUUCUGACGACACCGCAAUAACCGUACGGUAUCUGGCCAACUUUGCCUGGAACUCUGCCAGGUUGUGCCGUGAGCCUAGGGUCUCUCGGACAUCAGCCAACAAAGGUCCAGACCAUCGGUGCCCAGUCAGACAACCAAGACCUUUCAUGAUGCCCGGCAUUUUGUGUACGUCUGAUUUGAUUGAAUCAGACUACUUGUGCUUUCGAGAGCGGCAAAUGUCUCAGGGAGUGCGGGGGUCUGCAUAUCAGCCCUCGGCGUUUGACUGUUGAAAGCAGUCAGCUGCGGCGGCAAGUUACGCCACGCCACGUCGAGAAGGAAGAUGACAGAAAUCAGUAGCUCUUGAAGAACUGAUUGAUU